CGCUUGCAUGAAAUAGGCAUCACUUGCUUUGCUGCUGCACGUAUUGCGAAAGCGCGGUUAAGUAUCCCUUGCCCACGGACCUGCUCUGCGCUCAGGAUUCAGCCACAAUAAUUGAAUUACUAACCUUAAUGGUAUCAACAGAAUAAUGGGCUUCUGAAGGAGCUUUCAGCUUGUCAUCGCCAGAAGAAAGCAAAGAUGGCGCCAGACGCGAGCUCGGCGCAGCUGGACGCCUUGCUCCAGCCGCGAAUGGAGCUGCUGUAUGGAUCUAGUGGCGAUGCAGUGCUGGUACCGUCUCGGGGCGAGCAGCUGCCUCCGUUAGUGCAGCCCCCACCGCUCAACCUGCUCCCGGCGCUGGGCGGCGCGGGCGGCUGCGAGGCUGUGCUGGCGGCGGUGCGGGCGGCCUACUUGGCACACGACCCAGACCCGGCGGCGGCGGCGGGGCCGGGCGCGGGCGGAGGCGCCCUGCUGGCGGAAAUGGCCCACCCUCUGGUGGCUGUGUGGCCUCGUGCCCCCGCCUGGCCCGACGUGUCGCUGCCGGGGGCGCUGGUGGAGGCCACGCCGCCGCCGCAGGGUGGCGAUGAGGGCGAAGUGGGCUGGCGGCUGGUGGACCUACUGCCGCCCCCGGCCACCACCGGCAGUAGCAGCAGCAGCAGUGCUGCAGCCUCGUCUGCUACAGCCUCGUCUGCUACAGCCGCCGCCGGCUCCAGCGCCGGCCGUGUGGACAGCCUGGCCCUGCAGCGGCGGCUGGCGGCGCGGGGCGGCGGCGGCGGCGACUCCAGCUGGCGGGGCGUGUCCGUGUCGGCAACCCCCUACAUGCCGGGCGGCGGUGUGGCGGUGCUGGGUCCCUCCGGCCCGGCGGCGGCGGAGGCGGGGUCGGGCAGGUGGCUGGCGGAGCUGGAGGCGGCGGAGGCGGGUGGUCUGCCGCCCGUGUGUGCGCCCGGCCUGAGCCGGGGCCUCUUCGGAGCCUGGGCCGAUGGCGGCGCCGCCUUUGACCUGUCGGCAGUAGCAACAGCAGCCACCUCCGCCUCCUCCGCCUCCACAGCUGCUACAGCCGGCGGCGGCGGCGGCGGCGGUCGUGUGGCAUUCCUGCCGCCGCUGCCGCUGGUGACUCCGUCGGGGGAGCGCAUCACGCCGCUUGCGGAUGCGCUGCAGGGCGGCGGCGGCGGCGGCGGCCGGGGCGGGGGUGUUGCGGGCACGUUUGCGGAUCUGUGGCUGGAGCCGGAGCUGGCAGCAGCUACGGCGGCAGACGAGGAGGAGGAGGGGGAGGGGGAGGAGCGGGGGCAGGGGCAGGCGGUGGCAGGAGCAGUUGCAGGAGGGACAGGGGCCGCGGCGGAAGAUGUGGUGGAGGCGGAUAGCGAGCUGGCCAAAGUGCUGGCGGCGGCUGGCGGGGCGGCGGCGGCGGCGGCGGACACAGCGGCGCGGCGGGACCAGAAGCGUGCAGCCGGCGGCGGCGCCGGCGGCGGCAAGGCGGCGGCGGGUGGCGGCGGCAAGUUGGCUCCCGGCACGACGGCCGAGCACCCCUUUGCGGCGCGCAACUCCAUUCGCAAUGUGGAGGAGCAGUUCAACGAGCUCCGCCCCCGGCUGGCGCUGCACUACCCCUUUGAGCUGGACGGCUUUCAGAAGGAGGCGGUGUUGCACCUGGAGGGCGGCAGGAGCGUGUUCGUGGCGGCACACACCAGUGCCGGCAAGACGGUGGUGGCCGAGUACGCCUUCGCGCUGGCUACCCGCCACUGCACGCGCGCCAUCUACACCAGCCCCAUCAAGACCAUCAGUAACCAGAAGUUCAGGGACUUCAGCUCCAAGUUCGAGGUGGGCCUGCUGACGGGUGAUGUGCAGGUCAAGCCCACCGCGCCCUGCCUCAUCAUGACCACUGAGAUCCUCAGGUCCAUGCUGUACAAGGGUGCCGACCUGAUCCGAGAUGUGGAGGUGGUGGUGUUUGACGAGGUGCACUAUGUGAACGACGUGGACCGAGGAGUGGUGUGGGAGGAGGUGAUCAUCAUGCUGCCGCCGCACAUCACUCUGGUGCUGCUGUCCGCCACCGUGCCCAACGUCAUGGACUUUGCGGACUGGGUGGGUCGCACCAAGCGCAAGGUCAUACACGUGACCGGCACCACCAAGCGCCCUGUGCCGCUGGAGCACAGCCUCUACUACGCGGGGGAGAUCUACCCCAUAUGCAGCAGGGAGGUGUUCAACGCGGAGGGGGUGCGUAAGGUACAGGCGGCGCACAAGGCCCGCAACGCGCCGCCCUCGGCCGCCUCAUCCUCGGGAGGCGGCGGCAGGGGCGGAGGCGGAGGCGGAGGCGGAGGCUUCGCAGGCCGGGGCGGCGGCGGAGGCGGCCCGGGCGGCCGUGGAAGUGGAGGGGCUGGCGGCGGCGGCGGCGGGUACCUGCGGGGCGGCCCUCCCAGCGGCGCCGACAAUGCGCGCAAACAGAUUGCGACCGCCUCCCGCGGCGGCGGCGCCAACAGCAGCUCGGGCGGCCUGCGCGGGGAGCGGCAGCAGCUGUUGGAGCUGGUGGGGGUGCUGGGCAAGAAGCAGAUGCUGCCCGUGGCCGUGUUCUGCUUCAGCAAGAAGAGGUGCGACUCGGCCGCGGACGCGCUGUCCUCGCUGGACCUGUCCAGUGGCGGCGAGAAGGCGGCGGUGCACGGCUUCAUGGAGCGGUGCCUGGGCCGGCUCAAGGAGGGGGACAGGCAGCUGCCGCAGAUCCUGCGCCUCCGUGACAUGAUGAAGCGGGGUGUUGCUGUGCACCAUGCCGGCCUGCUGCCCAUCAUGAAGGAGGUGGUGGAGAUGUUGUUCUGCCAGGGGUACAUCAAGGUGCUGUUCUGUACGGAGACGUUUGCCAUGGGUGUGAACGCGCCCACCCGCACGGUGGUGUUCCACAGCGUGCGGAAACACGACGGCAAGAACUUCAGGUUCCUGCUGCCUGGCGAGUACACCCAGAUGGCGGGCCGUGCGGGCCGUCGCGGGCUGGACGCGGUGGGUCACGUGUUGCUGGCGGUGUGGGACGACGGCCGAGACAUGCAGGCGGGCGAGUCCGAGCUUCGUGCCAUGCUGACGGGUCGGGGCGUGAAGCUGGAGAGCCAGUUCAGACUGACGUACGGCAUGAUCCUAAACCUGCUGCGAGUGGAGGACCUCAAGGUGGAGGACAUGCUGAAGCGCUCCUUCGCAGAGUUCCACGCCCAGCGCACCGCGCCCGCGGGGGCGGCGGAGCUGGCGGCUGUGGAGGCGGAGCUGGCGGCGGCGGCGGCGGCGGCCUGGCCCGCCACGGCUCUGGGGUGUGGGCGGGAGGAGGUGGAGGCGUACGCGGACGUGUGUGAGGCUAUUGAGCGGCUGAGCGGGCAGCUGCAGGACACCCUGGCCUCCAACAAGUCCUUCCAGCAGGCGCUGGUGCCGGGCCGACUGGUGCUGUACGACAACCCCGUCAACGGCCUCACAGAGCCCGCGGUGGUGCUGGGGGACGCACCCGCCGCCGCCAGCAGUAGCAGUAGCAGCAGCAGCAGCAGCAGUGGCGUCGGUGUUGGCAGUAGCAGCAGCUCAUUACGAGGAGCCGGCGCCGCCGGCCUCGCGCCGGGGGGAGUCGGGGGUGGGAGUGGGGUUGGUGGCGUGUCAACCGCCGCCGCCGCCGCCACGCCCGACCCGCGGCGGUUGUAUCUGUUGGUGCUGCACCGGCCGGCGGCGGCGGAUGCGGAGCACGAGGCGGCGGCGGCGGCGGAGAGGGCGAAGGCGGGAGGUGGCGGCGGCUGGGCGGCAGGGGCUGCAGCAGGCGGCGGCGGUGGCGGCGGUGGCGGCGGCUUCGGCGGCAUGACCUCCUUGUCGGUGGUGGGCGUGUGCCGCGCCCGCCUGCGGCUGGACGGUGUGGAGGAGGUGUUGGGGUGCGGCGGCGACUGGGCGGCGGACAGCGUGCGGCGGGCCCUCACGGCGGCGCUGAGGGGGGUCGCCAAGGCCGUGGACGAGGCGGCGGCGGCGGGCGGCGGCGAGCUGCCGCUGCUGGACCCGCGUGUGGACUUCAAGCUCGCGGACGUGGGGGCGGUGCAGGCGCUGAUGGCCCGGGCGGCGCUGCAGGCCCAGCGCGCCAGCCUGCGCCCGCACCGCGACCCCGGCCUCGCGGAGGCGUACUCGGCGGUGCGGCGGCAGCGGCGGCUGCAGGCGCGGCGGCAGCAGCUGCGGCACCGCCUCAGCGACGCCAGCCUGCAGCAGCUGCCCGAGUUCGAGCAGCGUGUGCGUGUGCUUCAGCGCCUUGGCUACCUGGCGCCCGACCGCUCUGUCACCCUCAAGGGCCGAGUGUGCUGCGAGAUACAGUCCACACAGGACGAGCUGGUGGCCUCUGAGGCUGUGUUCAGUGGGCUGCUGGGGGAGCUGAGUCCGGAGGAGGCCGUGGCGCUGCUGUCGGCACUGGUGUUCCAGGAGAAGUCAGAGGUGGAGCCUGUGCUGCCGCCCGCGCUGGCGGCGGCUCGGCAGGCGCUGGUGGCGCUGACGGCCUCCACCGCCGCCGCCCAGCGGGAGGAGGGGCUGGACAUCAGUCCCACGGAGCACGUGGCGGAGGUGCUGCACUGCGGACUCAUGGAGGUGGUGUACGAGUGGGCCCGCGGCACGCCCUUCUCAGCCAUCACGGAGCUGACGGACGUGAUGGAGGGCUCCAUCGUGAGGGCCAUGGUGCGCCUGGACGGGGCGUGCCGGGAGCUACAGGACGCGGCGCGGGUGAUGGGCAACACGGCGCUGUUCCAGCUCAUGGCCGCCGCCAGCGCCGCCAUCAAGCGCGACGUCAUAUUCGCCGCCUCGCUGUACGUGGCGUGAGGCGGCGGGCGGGGUGGAGGAGGAGGAGGAGGGCUGGAGGAGGAGGCGAGAGGAGGAGGAGGAGGAGGAGGAGGAGGAGAGAGGAGCAGGAGGAGGAGGAGGGUGGAGCAGGAGGAGAGGCGUGCCUGUGUGUGCAUGUCAAGGCGCCAAUGGGCAGGCAACAAUAGGACCAUCCAUAGGACCAUCGCGGGAAGACAGCAGCAGGUGGCCGAUGGCGUCUGCCUGUCUGUCUGGUGUGGGCGUCUGGUGUGGACGGGCGGCGGGGGUGCCUUGUGUGGGUGCGGGCGCGAGGGGUGCUGCGGAAGCGUGGCAGCCGCGGCUGGCGGCGGGGGUGAAUGUGCACCCACUCUUUUGUAAGUAGUGCUGGUG